CCAGCGCCAGCGUUCCUGCCUCUGCCCGCGAUCCUGAUGAGGAGAGCGGGGGUUCGAUGGGAUCAGAUUCAUCUGAAGAGGAGGAAGAAGAGGGAGAAUCAGCAGAUGAAUCUUCGUCCUCUGACGAUCACGAUGACGAUUCUGAGAUUGAUGAUGAAAUGGUCGAAGAUUAUCUCGAAGGGAUUGGUGGGAGCAGCGAGAUACUGAAAUCGGGAUGGUUAGCAAAAAAGAAGAAUCUUGAAGAGUAGUUUCUGGAAUCUGAGAGCAGUAGCGAUGAUGAUGGUGGUGGUGAUGAUAAGUUAGGGGCAGUUAAAUGAUGAAUGUUUCACAGGAGUAUGGAAUGCUGAAGAAGAAGAAGAUUAAUUUUAGGAAGGGGAAGGGUUAGAUCAGUUCGCCAAUGGUGGAUUUUGGAUUGUCGGCCGCAAUGGAUGAUUUGAUGUUUGAGAAGGAUCUGAGAAAUUUUUCAGGGAGGAGGAAGAAGAAGAAGGAUGUUUCUCAGCUAUCCAGAUUGUGGCCUCAUGAGGGGAGCAUUACAGUGCUUCAGAUGCAUAAAGGGGUUGCAAAUCCACUUGAAGUUGUUGCAGGGGAAAUAUCAGAUGAGUCUAUUCUUUUAUGUCUCGACGAAUUCAUGGUGAAUGAUGUUGCUGAUGCUUUGAUAUUAAAUUGUCGCUUUGGACAUCUUUUCAGCGAAGGAGUUGUUCUGGUCUCCACUUCAAAUCGUGCACCAGAUAACCUUUAUGAAGGUGGUCUACAGAGGGAUCUAUUUUUACAAUUUAUUGCAACCCUAAAGGACAGGUGUAUUGCUCAUGCAAUUGGUUCUUCCACUGAUUACCGGAAAAUGACUAAUGCUGAACAAGGUUUCUAUCUUAUUGGACAUAAGUACUCUGGAUUUCUUAAACAGAAGUUUCAGCAGAUAAUUGGGGAAGGAACUCCUUUUCCACAAGUUGUGGAAGUUGUUAUGGGAAGACAACUGCAGGUUCCGUUAGGGGCUAAUGGAUGUGCAUAUUUUCCCUUUGAGGAACUAUGUGACAGACCUUUGUUGGCAGCAGAUUAUUUUGGUUUGUUUAGCUAUCCAUGCAAGAUUAGGAGAGGGUGUAGCUCGAGUCUUUUUUUGACGAUGAUUAGAGAUGAAAUAAUGUGUCUUUCCCAGACUUUUAUUUUAAUUUGUUUAGAUAGUUUCACGUAUUUUUCUUUGGAACAAUUGAGAUAUAAACUCUUGUUAUUAGUAUUGAACAUUUGA